ACAUCGAUAAAAAGAUUUCGCAUAUGCACCUCGAAUCUGGCAACACUCGCCUCGUUCUCUCGGCGUUUUCGUUGAGAAAAGUGCACAAAAAUCAAAAAUUGCUGUUUUCUGCUAAAGUUUGCUCGGGUGAUUGCUGAAAAUUUCUGGCGCGAACUGCGACACAAAGACAAGCGGAGACGACGCUGGGAGUCAGUGGAUAACCAGGACUACAGGAAGCACAGGAAGGCAGAAGUCGAACAGGCAGGAGCAGCUACAAAGGAUGUCCCAAGCCGAAAAAAUGCAGGCCCAGGAGCACGACGAGGAGCAGUCCUCCGACUUGGAGCAGUCGGGCGACGGAGUCGAGGGUCAGAGCGACGAAGACUACAACGAGGAUGACAGCAACGGCCAGGAUAUGCAGCAGGGCGACCAGGAGGAGGACGAAGACGGAGACGGGGACAACCAAGACGGCCAGUCAGCUGACGGCCAAGACGGCAACGGCAACGGCAACGGCAAUGGCAAUGGAAAUGGCGGGAAUAACAGCGGAGCCACUGCCAAGCAACUGCAGCAGCAGCAACAGCAGCAGCUCGACCGCGCCAGCGCCACCAAUCUCAUCAUCAAUUACCUACCCCAGGACAUGACGGAUCGCGAGCUCUACAAUCUUUUCAGCGGAUGUGGACCCAUCAACACCUGUAAGAUAAUGCGCGACUUCAAGACCGGAUACAGCUUCGGCUACGGGUUCGUGGACUACAAAUCGGAGGCGGACUCGGAGGACGCCAUUCUCAAGCUCAACGGGUUCUAUGUGCGCAACAAGCGUUUGAAGGUCUCAUACGCUCGUCCUGGGGGACAGUCCAUCAAGGACACCAAUCUCUACGUGAUCAACUUGCCGCGCAACAUCAACGACGCGAUGCUCGAUAGGAUCUUCUCCGCCUUCGGCCAGAUCGUCCAGCGCAACAUUCUCCGGGACAAGCUAACUGGACGUCCCCGCGGAGUGGCCUUUGUUCGCUACAACAAACGCGAGGAGGCCCAGGAGGCGAUCAAAACACUCAACAACACCGUGCCAGAGGGCGGAUCGCAGCCGAUCUGGGUGCGACUGGCCGAGGAGCACGGCAAGGCCAAGGCGGCGCAGUUCAUGGCGCAGAUCGGAGGAGGAGGUGGACCGGGCAGCGGCCCUGGUGGGCCCGGAGGACCUGGGCCGCACAUGGGCGGCGGGCCGAUGCAGAUGCCCCACCAUCAUAACAACCACCACCACAACCAUCACAACAACAACCACCACAACGGGCCACCGCAUAUGCAGCAUCUUCAGCAGCAGAACCACCCGCAUCCGCACCACCACCCGAUGCACCACCAACAGCACCACCACAACAAUCACCAUAAUAACCACCAUAAUAAUCACCACAACAACAAUCACCACAACAUGGGCCCACAUCCGAUGCAGAUGCACCCCAUGGGUAUGGGAAUGGGCAUGGGUAUGGGCAUGGGCAUGGGCAUGGGAAUGCCGAUCCAUGGAGGCGGCGGUGCCGGAGGCGGAGGCGGUGGUGGCAGUGGCGGUGGCGGUGGCGGCGGAGGAGCCGGUGGCAACUUCCACCACAUGGCGCACAGAGGUAGAUCAAACAGAAACACACGAUCUCAAAAACCGCAUCCCUAUAACCAUGCACAGAAAUUUAUCUAAACGCAAUUAAUCUCUUUACACGAUAUUAGCUGCAUCUCACAGGUGAAGUGUUCAUGCUGCCAUUGCCGAUUUGCAGCCGAUUCCGAAUCUGAUUCCCAACCAGCCAGCCGCAAGCGAGCAAUGGCAACUGCCAGAGCCACAGUCACAUCAUAAUCCAGUGCAACUGCAUCAGGCACAGAUUCAGCUGCAGAUGCUGAACCAACCACCGCCCAUUAGCCACAACCACAACCACCAGAUCUCGGUCUCCUCGAGCCACGGCAACCUAUACAGAUCCGAAUGCAGCUACAUUGCGCCGGCCUACUUUCCGGUUCUAACCACCUACCCGACUGCUUCUGUAGCCUCUGCCGCUUUCGCCGCUCCGGCAACCAUCGUCUCGUCAGAAGCUGCAGCAGCAGCCGCAGCAGCACUACUGGUCGCUGCUCCCACCUACACCCCCACCCACACCCCCAGACCCAAUCCAGCAGCCACCUGCACCAUCACCAGCCCGACCCAGGCUCUUCCUUUGGACUGGCAUCAGGCGUCUGGGGUUCCGUCGAUCGCCGCCCCCCUGAUGUACACAUCCCCCGUACCCCUUGCAUAUCAGACAGUGACCUCCACACUGGUGCAGCCCCCAGAGAUAACAUCCACCGUGGCGGCCAUUCAGUACCCAGCAAUGGCCACAGUCGCCACUCCGUACGAAGCUAUCCCCAUUACCGUGGAGACGGGAGCCACCCAGAAUUCCAGCACUUGCGUCUUCUACCAGUACGCCAACGACAACUACGUGAACACGGUGAACUACUACGACGCGGAGAACGGUGAAAUGUGUGCCAUGGGUCUCGUCUACGUGACCUAUAGGGAGGACGAGGAGGCAUCGGGCGGGGAGCCGUACUUUGUGGAGACGGUGCAGCUGCCGGAGACGGAAUAUCCAGUGCAACAGACGGAUACCUUGGACCCGACCCUGGUGCCCCAGAUGAGCAGCAUUAGUUUUGGCGGCGGUGCUGGAGCUGACGAAGAGAUGAUGGAGAACGACGGCGAGGGCGGCGCAGUAGGCGGGGCAGCAGGCGGCAGACAAGGUGAAGGACCGGAAAGUAUGGGAGGAAGCUGGCACACAGGCGGUGGCAGCUACAACUAAUUUAUGCAAUUUUUAGACUAGCAAUUCAGCAAGGUCAGCAAGCUAAAAAACGAAAAUACGAAAUGCAAAAUGCAAAAUACGAAAACCCAAAAGCCCAAAAACCAAAAAGAGUAAAGAGUAACCCUCACCGUAUAGACCUUUAUUUCUCUCUCUCUCUCUCUGUGUCUCUCUAAAUGCAUGUAUGUAUGUGUUGUAUUAUCCGUAUAUAUGUAUAUCCAUGUUAGAGAGCCAGGACGGGUUGAGAUUGCCCAAGAACUGGCCUAGGAAUAGCAAAUCAAGCAUUGGCAGCAGGAGGCGAAUAUAAGAGGAUGCAAGUGAAAAUCACAAGUAUCGCAAGCAAGAGCAGAAAGAACACGAACACCCACAGAUUAGGAGACCAUAAGUUGAUGAUGCAUAGCGUGUAAUAAGAUCUAUGAAACGAUGUUCCAAAGUACACAAGUCCCCACAAACAAACCCACAAACCCCCUUAACCUUAACCUUAACCAUAACCCCAUAAGCCCCAACCCAACACAGACAGCUCCGCCCGAGGAGCUAGCUAAUCCUUUAUCGUAGACGACGGUUGCGCAUAUUGAUGAAACACGCGAGUGUGGAUUUCUCUCCAGAUCCAGAUCCAGAUUCAGAUCCAGAUCAAUAACAAUGAAACAGAAAACAGAAAAACAGUAAAGAAACAAUUCCAAUUUGUAUAAUUUGUAUAAGCGAUGCAUACAAAACCGAGGAAAGAAUUAUGAAUUAUUAUGAAGGAGACUUGAGCCGACAGACGACAGAGCCAACGGCCCGCGAACAGAGACUACGGACUAUAGACCGACUAUAGUGUGCAGUGGACCAGUGGGCCACCUCUGCCGACGAUGAUAGUUAAUAACUCAAUGAGGAUCUGCGAGUCGUGGCACAUGCUUUUUAACUACCAUACCAUAAUAAAUAAAUUAUUGAUGUAUAACUUACACUAAACGCCCUACACGCCCUAUAUAUAGAUAAAUAUAUAUGAAUGUAAAAACACCAGAUUCUAUGCGAAAACCUUCAAACAAACUCGACAAGAAAACUGCUGAAUAUAAAUAAAUUUGCUAUUUUUCACCAGCAA